AUGGCUCAAGACGUACACAAAGAAAGGUCUUUCGACGCAUUCUUGUCUUCUGCUCCUCUUCUUCCUGAGCUAGUAGAACACAUUGAUGUUGGUACUAAAUGGCACCUCUUGGGUACGCUACUACACGUUGAUGAUAAGAAAUUAGAUGGAAUUGAGCAGCUACAAGGACAUGAUGAUACAAGCAAGACAUUAAAGAUGUUUCAACACUGGCUGACCACUACUCCUACUGCUAGUAGGAGACAAGUACUGGAAGCAUUGAGAAAGAGAGUGGUUAAUGAGCAUACAGUUGCUAAUAAAUAUGAAAAAUAUUUAAAGGAGCUUCAUGAUACUACUUAUGCACCACCAUCUACUGAGGCAGUUUCUAUUUUUCAGAUGAAUAUUCAAUCAUUGAAUAAAGCUCUUGUCUCUCCUGUACAAGUGUCUCAACUGUUAUACUGUAAGAGAUGUAUAAGUGAAGCUACUCUGGAUGAAAUGGAGAGGAUGGAUCAGAGCAGGUCACUGGAUGACAAGAAGACCAUUUUAUUGACUGCUAUGAAAGAAACAGUGUCUAAUGACUAUAGGAAACUUAAAAAUAUUGCUAAAGUGCUGUCUGAUGUUGAAGGAACAAGACAUAUAGGCAGAGAAAUAGUGACCAAAUAUGGUAAGGCACUGAAUAUUGUAAUACUAUUAUCUGCUUAUGAAUAUUAUUAUUAA